AUGGUGGCAGGUGGUUUUGCCACAUUUUGCAGGUUAUACCUCAUUGAAACGGCCAUUGAAAGAAUUGCUUUCCGUCUGCGCCGCGAGUUCUUUUGGGCACUUAUACAACGGCCGAUCUCCUUCUUCGAUGCAAACAAAACCGGCGAGCUGGUGAACCGCCUUGGCAACGACAUCACCAUGACGAGCCGGGUUCUCGUCGAUGCAUCGGCCGGGAUCCGAAGCUGCAUCACUGCGCUAGCAUCCACUAGCCAAGGCAUGGUUUUCCAGCUGGCGCCAACGGAGAUGAUCCUGGGCUUUCUAUCGCCGGUCGCUGCACUCUUUGUCGUUGGUUUCGGGUACGGCCGUGUUGUUCGCCGCAUUGCAGAGAAGCGGCAGCAAAGACUGGCAGAAGCGGUCCAGCGUGCGGAAGAGCGGUUGGGUGGAAUUCGGACGGUGAGGACUUUCAACGCUGAGAAGUCAGAGCUGGCUGGCUUCGAGAAGAUGCUGGACUCAGUUUAUGAAGCUGGUUGGCAGAAUGCUCUCGCGACUGGGGGCCUCGCCUGUUUCUUUGUUACCGGCGGUGGACUGUUCCUGAUACACAUAAUCUACAAUUGUGGGCUGAUGGUGACGAGCGGUGUGGUCAGCAUUGGGACGACAGUCAGCCUCGCCAUGUACUGCUUCAUGGCGGGUUCAGCAUACACCGGGAUCAUGACAUCGUAUGGAGACAUACAGAAAUGCCUUGGAUCUUGUCAGAAGGUGUUGGAGAUCCUGUCGGCUCACGGUUCUAUGGAUGCAAGGCCCAUGCUGACAGAGAGCAUCAGGAAUGCAGUCUCCGCUUCGCAUCCGUCGCAUCCGUCACAUCCGUUGCACCCACCCCUGGCUGUGAAGUUUGAGAACGUCCACUUCACUUAUCCCACAAGGCCGACUCCGGUGCUCCAAGGCUUAAAUCUGGACAUUCCUGCUGGGGCGCGUGUGGCACUCCUUGGGAGAAGUGGCUCCGGAAAGUCCACUGUCGCUUUGCUGCUUGCUGGCCUCUAUCCACCCAGCGAAGGCAAAGUGAUCGUAGACGAUCGCGACAUGUAUGCUGAUGAAGAGACAGCAUUCUGGGUGCGCUCGCAGCUUGGUGUAAUCAGCCAGGAGCCAACACUCUUCGCACUCACCAUCCGAGAAAAUGUUGAAUAUGGAGAUGAGACUCAGCUGACUGAACAAACUGUUCUCGAGUCGAUAGCUGCGGCACAUGUGAAUGAGUUUGCGGAUCAUCUGCCGCUUGGCUUGGACACCCCUGCCGGAGAGCGGGGUCAGGCCCUGAGCGGAGGUCAGAAGCAGCGAGUUUGCAUCGCACGCGCCUUGGCACGCCGGCCAAGAAUGCUCGUGUUCGAUGAGGCAACAUCAGCCCUGGACCUUCGCUCCGAACGUCUGGUGCACAAAGCCUUGAAAGAAGUCUUAUCGUCCGGAGACUGCACGUGUCUCGUCAUCACGCACCGGAUGAGCGCUCUGGAAUGGUGCGAUCAUGUGGCCGUUGUGCACGAAGGAAGAGUGGUUCAGUAUGGUAAGAAGAGCGAAGUCUUGAAGAAUCCAUGUGCUGCCUUGGAGAGCAUUCUCAGAAAAGAUGAUCUUCUUCUCAAUGAGGAGACCUGA